AUGAAGCCCCACAGGUUGGCAGUCUCCUCUUGGUUCCAUGAGGACCCUUGGCCCAGCGAGUACAUCCAGGCCAUCCUGGAGCUCAGCUCAUUGGUGGUCCGGCACCAGCUCUGGCCACUUCUCCACCCGUGGUGGCUCUACAGCCUCUCCUCUGAUGGCCGGUGCUUUGCCCGAGCCUGUGCCACUGUCCACGCCUUCACUGCUGAUGUGGUGCAGCGCCGGCACCAGGCACUCGCCUGCCUGGGCCACCAGGCCUGGCUGGACGGCCACCGGGGACGCAGCAUGGACUUCAUCGACCUCCUGCUGCUCACCAAGGACGAGGACGGCCACACCCUGUCAGACGAGGACAUCGCGGCUGAGGCUGACACCUUCAUGUUUGAGGGUCAUGACACCACGGCCAGUGGCCUGGCAUGGCUCUUCUACAACCUGGCUGGCCACCCUGAGCACCAGGAGCGAUGCCGCCAGGAGGUCCAGGAGCUCCUGGCUGGCCGGGACACUGCGGACAUUGAAUGGGAGGACCUGUCCCAGCUGCCCUUCACCACCAUGUGCAUCAAGGAGAGCCUGCGGCUGCACCCUCCUGUCACUGCUGUGUCCCGGCGCUGCACCGAGGACAUCCCCCUGCGUGAUGGCCAUGUCAUCCCCAAGGGGGUCAUCUGCCCGAUGAGCAUCUGGACCCACCACAACCCAGACCUCUGGCCUGAGCCUGAGGUGUUCAAUCCUCUGAGGUUCAGCCCAGAGAACAGCAAGGGAUGGUUCCCAGUGUCCUAUAUCCCCUUCUCUGUUGGCCCCAGGAACUGCAUCGGGCAGAGCUUUGCCAUGGCUGAGAUGAAGGUGGUAGUGGCACUGACACUGUCCCAGUUUGUUCUGCGGAGGGACACGGCUAGGCCACCCCCGCGCCGCAAGCCCGAGCUGAUCCUGCGUGCCGAGGACGGGCUCUGGCUGCUGCUGGAACCACUGGUGGGAGUGGCCUGAGAGACACGGGUCACCAGGACAUGGGGACAUCCCCCAAGGGAGGUGUCACAGCCA